CCCUCAUGGAGUGUGGACAGUUAGUACAUCCGUCCUGAAACAGAAUUUUGCAUUCUCUGACUAGUUAAUACACUAAUAAUCAUAAAAUUUUAGGGUAUUAUACUAGUAUUUUUUCUUAUUCGGGGAGUAUGUGAGGUACCUACAAGAAGUGUCGUCAGCUGAACUCUAUUCAUAUCCCUUAUGAAUAGGGUAUCGUUUAACGCUUGAGAGUGAAUUGUAAAGAAUCUGUACUUGUGCGACAGUGACUCGCCUUUAUAAGAUGGCAGACCAUCAGGUUUUAGUUGCUCUGACUAGGACAAUACUAUGUCUAUCCUGUUUCAUUUAUUUUGGUGCUGGUCAACCACACGAAGCUACCAACCGUUUGUCAGUGGACAUCAAGAAAAACUACAACAAAAUGAUUCGAGGAGUACAAGAUAUGAGAGAGCUUACCCCUCUGUUUUUCUUGUUUAGUCUGAUCCGUAUUGCUGAAUUUGACGAAGUGAACGGAAAAAUCUCAGUGGUUGGAUACUUUACUGUAUAUUGGAGUGAUUACAGGAUGAAAUGGGAACCAAAAGAAUAUAAUGAAACUGAAAAUAUUCUUUUUGCGGAAAAGGAUGUAUGGAGACCCCUAGUUGUCCUAGCUUCACCCCAAGAAGAGUUCAGAAGACUUGGAGAUGAUGACAAUUUCUUUAUAAGGUAUAACUCCGAGGGUCGAGCAGAAUGGUACCCCGGGGACAUCUGGGCAUCAUCAUGUACACCAGAUAUGUACAAAUACCCCUACGAUACGCAGUCUUGUUCGAUAUCCUUCGUCGUUUGGGGCUAUAGCAUACACGAAGUCACUGCGUUUGCUAUAUCUGACAAAAUAAGUUUGCAUGUGUACUCUCCUCAUGGUAUGUGGGAUUUGGUGGACACAUCAGUCAAAUCGGGCUCCGACAGUGUACGGGGACUCACGUUGAUAGAGAUCACUUUAUUCUUGAAGAGGAUUUCCACAUUUCACAUGAUAAAUAUGAUUCUUCCUAUUGUGUUUGUUGGUUUGCUCAACAUCCUUGUCUUUCUUCUUCCUGCUCAGUCCGGAGAAAGGGUCGGGUACUCCAUCACUGUGUUACUCGCCAUUGCAGUCUUUCAAACGAUCGCGUCUGACAAUCUUCCAAGCGUUUCUAAGCCUAAUCUUUCAUUGCUUUGCAUUAAACUGUUAGCAGACCUAAUUCUGAGUGCUUUAGUGAUGACGUUGACGAUAAUAACGUUAUAUUUUUAUCACAUGCCAGAAUCUCGGAAAGUGCCCCCAUGUAUUGCAGCUGUAACAAGAUUUGUAUUGUGUAAAACAUGUUGUAGAAGCAAAGGCAACGACACUACCAAAGACAAAUACGAUGAGUAUAUUAUCAAGAAUGGGAUCGGCAUGACAGAAUCUGUAUCAAAUAGUGAUCACCAGCAGACCGAGGUCACGUGGACAGAUGUCGGUAAAAGCAGUGAUAUUGUCUUUGCUGUGUUUUCUUUGUUGACUUUUAUUGGUUCAAAUAUCGUAUUCUUGGUGUAUGCAGUAUUUUAGCAUAUAUUAUAUAUAUACAUGUAUUACCGGUAUAUGACUACAGUGAUUUUACCAUUCCCGUAUUUUGCUUCCAUUUACAUGUUCAUAUUAUGUCACUUUUGUUCUAAUCUGAUAGUGUCACAUUAAACUGUCCCCAUUAACACAACUGGACACAUAAAUUUGAUAUCUUGCAAAUCUUGUUAUCAAUUAUAUCAAGAAUAUUACUUCCAGUAUGGGAAAACACAUGUCAAUCUUUCGCAUCUCUGAGUGAAAA